UGCUGCUUACAGUUUAACACACUUGUGCACACAGGUUGUGUCUGUAUUCCCAGCGAGGACGUGUGACUUCUGAGAAGACCUAUGUGUGAAAGUGGCCAUAGUUGACACUGCACCACUGUCUUGAAACCAUUGUGAGUUAAAACAGGGCUUUUGUUAUUUAGUUGCUAUAGCAACAUAGUGUUACUGCCGUCUUCCUGAGUUUGAAGUUGGUCUCCUUUUUUAAAGACUGGCCUUUCCUUAAAAAACAACGAGUUUGCAGAUGGAAACUUCCUCACAGGCUUCAGCUAGCAGGGGAUUGUGGAACAGCCCCAGAGCCACACAGUUCAGCAAGGAGACCCAGGACAUGCUGAGAUUGUUGAAGCAGGAAUCAAGGGUCACCAGCCUCAAGAGAAAACAGAUCAACAAUCAGCCAAAGAAUGAAACAGCUUUGCCUUUCACCUCUGAUCCGGCACAGUCUUCUCCUGGUAAAUCUGUCCAGAAACACUGGCCAGUCCACACUCAAAAACGCACCGCCAAGGCAUGUCGGUCUGGGAACAGCUACGAGAGAGAAAAGUUUCGUCCUGGUCCAACACGAGACCUAGAGAAAGAGAAGAGGAAGCUUCAGAACAUCUUUGCACAUGGGACCGAGCAGCCCGGAGCGGGAUCUUCUCAGAAGCCUCCUCAACAUCAGAGCUCAGAAAUACCAAAGAAGAUUGAUCGCUAUCAGGAAGUUCUGAAUGAAAUACAGGAAAGACAACAGUUUCUGGAAGACAUGGCCUCCCUGGGUCAGGAGAAAGAUUAUAUCAACAUCAUCAACACUGAGAUAUCUCAGAAAUUACGAGAAUUGGAGAUAAUGGAAAAAUCCCACGUUCCCACAUUUGAUACAAACGCAGAGAGGACAGAAAAUGCAGCCAACAAAGAAGACUGACUGUUGUCUUUGACCGGGCGGUCUGCUUCUCUUCAAGCAAGCGACAUACCUUCAGUCAGAGCAGAGACACACGCGCACGCCAGUGAAUACAACACACAUCUACCCAA